AUGGCCUGGCUGCUUAGAAAUGUAGUGGUUACUAAGCUGAUAGACCGGCCGGUGUUUCACCGUCAUCUGACGGUGCGGCGUGAAUCACCCACCAUGAGUGAACCGGAUGGUGCUUCGGGUGAAACAAAGAAAAAAUCAGCUAAAGCGUCGAAAUAUCAGUAUGGAACGUUAUGUCCACAUGUCACAAUGGUACGGUAUCGUUUACUUUUCAGUGUUGCCCACUACCAGCCCCAGUCAUUGUAGUCUAGCUAUUGCUCUGCUUAACACUCUAAAACCUGAAAAUCUUGUUUUAAGAACAAAAUUUCUCAAAUUAAACUACAGAUUAAGAGUUUUUUUUUCUGAAAUGAAAUUUCUUGUUUUAAGAAAAAAAAUCUUAUUUCAAGGGAAAAUUAUUAAAAUAAGAAACAGGCCUUAUUUUAAGUAAAAAGCAUUCUAAAUCUUAAUUUAAGAAAAAUAAUUCUUAUUAUGAGCAGGUAUUUUCUUAAAUUCAAAAACUAUUUAAGAAUUUAAUUUUCUUAAGUUAAACUUCUGCUUUUAAGAAAAAAUUUCUUUUUUCAAGAAGAAAAACCAGUCCUUAUUUCAAGAAAAAGGAUUAGGAAAGUUCAGAGCUGAUCAAAGGCCCUGUUCAAACAUCAAGCUACUAAACUUGUGACAACAUUGUUUAAUAUACACCAAAUCAAUGUUCUCUUUUAUUUCUCCACACUUGAAGUUUGACAUAGUUACAAGACCUCUAAAACCUUGUAUUGUGGUUGCUCAUGAUCGAUAGGCAUAUCACACCAUCUUUGAUUCUGUUUGUUUUGUUUUUGGGAAAAAAAGAGGACUAAAAAGGAAAGAAUGGUGAUCCCAUUUUGGGCAUUGUAAAACAAAAUAAAUAUAUUUUUUCACAAAAAAACAACCACCUGCCACAGGAUAAGCAAUAUUACUACAAAACUAACACUUAUUACAAUAAAGAUUGCACUCGGAAUAGAACAUCUGAACUAAAUAAACUUAAUUAUUCUAGAUAGCUAUUUUUAGAAGCUCUCGAAAGUGACCACCUUGGAAAUUUGAGAAAGUGGUUGUGACUAUAUAUAGAGCUGUUUGCUUAUCAGAUCGUAAGCGACUGCAUGUUAAAACAAUAGAGGGUGGUCGCUUAUCCGAGAGCUUCAAAACUCUUUAAUAAUUCAUAAAGAAAAAUAAAGAAAUCAAUGUUUAAUUAGUAUCUUUACAUCUGAUAUAGCCACGGCUAAACUUUAUGUCUAAGUGAUCACUAAGGAAAUGACCUUGUACUUUGACAAAAUAAUACAAUACUAAACUGUACAAGAACCAUUAGCACAGAGUGCAGUUUCAUUUAUUUAUGUUCAUUUAUAUAAAUAAAACUCUGAGUGGUAGCUUACGAGAGCCUAAAAACAAAGGAAAAGUCCAGUUGGGUUAUGGCCCGAAAGUGGUUGCAGUCGCUUCUGGUCGCUUACAAGGGCUAGCUUUUCAAGCAGGGUUUCACAAUGGUGUUUGUAACUAGAGCUGGUCAGUUACAAGAGUGGUUGCAGGGAGUGCUUCACUUCAGUAGAAACAAAAGCUCAUUGUCUCAAAUUCUGCAAUCUGAUUGGCUAAUGAACGCACUAGUCAGUGAGUAGCAAUGUACUAAUGGCAACUUUUUCAACAAACCAUUUACAAGUGGUGUUUCAAAGGAAGUACUAGAUAAACUAAUUAAUGAUGUUAUCUCUCUAAACAUUUUGUUAUUUCAUUAGUAAAUGUAGAAAUGUGGUUGUUUAUUUGUGACUUAUGAUGAUCAAUGUUGUUAGUCAGUGCUACUGGUUUCUACUACAAAAACUGUGCUUGAAAACUCUGUUUCAAGUUAUUAUGAUGUACUGUUCCAUACAAUUAUUGUAUGGAACAGUACAUCGUCUAAAUAGUCUCCUAGCCACAGAAAACUGAAGAAAAGUAUUGAGGAAGUGGGCACAGACUUCUUACUGCUGCCUAAUGCCUUCACCCAAGUGACCCUUGAAAUAAUGUCAAAACUGGCAGGUAGACACCAACUAAUUACCCUGUCUGCCCACGGAGGGGGAGAGAAAUUUUCCUAGUCACUUCAAGCUAUGGAAACUGGGAUCAACUCCAGCAUGAUGUGCCAUUUACACCUGAGAUUCUACCUCACCUACUCUUACUACUAAAAAUCACUAUUAAAUUAUUGGCUAAUGUCUAUACAGUAAAAACAUGCUCCUCUGAAUGCGAGGUGGCACAUGUACAUCAUCAAAUACAAAUCAGGCAUCAGUAUAAAACUCAGACAAAAUCAUGAAAAUAUAGGGAAAACAAAGAGUAUUAUUGUAUUGUAAGCAUGUACAGCUGUAAAUGAUGCUUAAUUCAAAUCAGCAGUCCUAAAGCCAUCAGUAGGAAAAAGUCGUUCUUGGAUGUUAUUCCAUCAGAUGGAAUUUAAUCUUUUAGACUUUUGACAGAUAACAUUCCAAUGUUCCUAAACUCAAAAUAAUGUUUAUUUUCACUUUCCUUUUGGAUUAGCUUUUGCUAAAUUUUGAACUCAAAUUUCACCUAACUGAUAAAUAUAAAGUUCUAAUAUUUUUGCUUUGUCAAAAGAUGUGCAUAACACAAGGCUGUGACUGUUUUCCUCUCCCUUGAAGUCUUUAAUAGAUGAGCAGGUUGUUCAAAGCAGGGUAAGGCAGUUAGAGUGAACUUUGAAAUUCAGAUCUGAACGUUCAUGGAACAUUAAUUCCUCUUCUAAAUCCUUUUAAAACUAGAUGAAGGAUGUUUGGAUGUUCUGAAAUGACUGGGUAAAUUUUACAAUGGAAAACGUUUGAAAAAGAGAAACAGAAACUAAGUUCCACAUUAUUUCCAGGUUAGUAACAACCUACUCUUGAACAACUGGUCAAACCUGACAAACCUCCUAGUCUCAAAAAGUAAGAUCUAAGAUCACUCCCCCCAAAUAUCAAGAACAACUAAGACACACGAUCCCUUCUAGAAUCUUUAUAACUUAAAGUCUACGACACUCUUCUAAUCUCAAGAACUAGGACCUGACCUUGCCCAGUUUGAACCUUGAAAUAAACUUUAAAGGGGCUGUGUCACGGCAGUGAUCCAGUUCAUUUUGUUUAAUUUUGCCUAUUACUCGCCCUCAAUCGCUAUGGAACUUAAAGUAAACAAAGAAAUUACAUGGAAAUGACAAAAUCAGAGAUUCGAGACAAACAAAUAUGUCUCCUGAGCAUUAUUUUUGAAGUUGCAAACAGCAGAGAUCAACUUUGAAAAACUGUGAGGCUGAACAGUUUUCAAAAACCCAAAUUUCAAUCUGUUUCAAUCUUCUUCAGUUUUGCCCAUCCAUGACAUCUGUUUAAUGUUUUAAGCGGUUAGUUUUAUGGUUUCUCUUAAUUUAACAGGCAUUUUAUAAUUAACUAAUUUGGCUGAAUUUCGUGACACAGCUCCUUUAAACUCACACACUCAAUUCGAUAGAAUUUUUAGCUAGUUCACAUAUUUUAUGUAGAGAUGCAAAUUUAUAUUUACGACAUGGAAUUUGUUGAUAAGAGGUCUUCUAUUGUGUACAACUCACAGCUAAUACAGGCUGAUGAACUUCAUCAGCAAUGUUCAAAUAUCCAGAUGUGAUAGAAAGGUUGUUACACUGUAAAAAUGUAUCCGCAGGUGAGGACUGAAAAUGGGUAAAAUAAUAUAAAAAUCAAAUGACUACAUUUUUGUGUAUCUUUUUUAAAUAGUAGUCAUGUGUCAUAAUAUAAGCCUGUCAUAGUGGUGAGUUAUGCAAGUAGAGACCUUGAUGUCUUAAUCAAUUCUUUUCCAGUCAUGAGUGUUUGUUUUAACAGGUUAAAACAAAUAGGCCUUUUACAUUAGUUGAUCACGUGGUCAACUUUCAGUAAACAUGAAAACAGCUGGGUGGCAAAAAGAGUUUUUCGCAUACAAAUCCUUCUAAAUUACCAGGGGUUUCAAUAGUAGCCGGGUAGCGGGUAGAUCUACCCGCUUGCAACGGGCUGAUUACCCGCUUGGAGCCUUCACAUGAACAUCAACUAAGACCAGAUAAUUUCAUCUCAGCUUCAAAUUCUUGCCCAAAAAUUUGGCAAAAUAGGUUUUGACUAUGACUACUUCAUUGUAACAUAAUUCUCUUCAAAUUUGUUUAAAUUAUUUGACUUAGGAGCAAAAAAAUGUAAAAACAAAGCCACAAAAAAAGACCUGAAAAUGCAUCUGCGAGAGUCUAGAACUUCAAAAUUUUCCGGGGGAGCAUGCCCCCGGACCCCCCUAGGGUCGAAGGCCCUUGGGGCCUUCGGCAAAUAUACCCGCCUGUUACUCUUAAGUACCCACUUAUGCAAAAACUUAUUGAAACCCCUGAAUUACUGCGGCCAUUGCAAUCGUCACUUUUGAGAUAUACGCUUGAAGAUUUACAGGUUACAGUGGAACCCCGUUAAUAUGGACAUCAAUGGGACAUGCCACAGUGUCCGUGUUAACUGGGUGUCCGUAUUAAGUGGAUUAAUUUUAGAGAAAAUAUAUGAGCUUCUCCUUCGCCACGACAAACAAAACCGUUCAUUAUAUCUGGGUGUCCGUAUUAAGCGGGUGUCCAUAGGGUGGGGUUCCACUGUACCUAAUUUUAAUAUGCUCUUUCAGCUCGUGUAAACAAAAGUUUUCAAAAGUGAACUGUUUUUGUGUUUACCGAAAGUUGAUCACGUAAUCAACUAAUGUGAAGGGCCUUUUUACAUAAAUAAAUCAUCUAAAAAACUUGCUUUUAGUUUAUUAUUUAACUUUUUAAACAUACUUAAAUUGACUUUUUAGUUUGAUGUUAAUCAAUUCACAUGAAGAUUUAAUUAAGUAUGUUUCUUUAUCUUAACAACAUUGCUUUAAGGGAUCAUACCAGGCAUGAUUUACAAUACAUUUUUACAUGAAAGAUGGGUUUUUUGUCAGGCCUGACACCCUUACAAAGUCUCAACAAUUUUCAUCAAGCUUACAAAAUUACUGUAAUCGCCCUUGGUGAUGUAGAAGCUUGCUCCAGAUCCUCCUUGUUGUCAUGGUAACCAACUAUGUGAUGGUUAUUUUACACCAGUCCUUUCCCUGCUCAUAAACAUUUUUCCUUUAACCUCCACCCCUCUCUCCUUCUAUGAAGUCAAAUCCCUUCUAAUUGCUGACCAUGCUAAGUUAUCAAGGGUUAUUUGAGAGUUCUUAAAUGAGGGGAAGGAAAAAAAUGGAAUAAGAGAAAACGCAGCCACCCCAAAAAAUUGAAAGCCUAAUAGCAUCAUAUCAUAGCCUCAUAUCAUAGUCUCACAGCCUGACAACCUCUCAGCCUCACAACCUCCUAACCUUACAGCUUCACACAACAUCACAAUCUCACAAUGCAAACUCACAGCCUGUCAGUCUCAAAGCCUGAAAACCACUCAGCCUCACAACUUCACAGCCUCACACACUUACAGUCUCGCAACCCUGCACAGCCUCACAACCUCACAUCCUUCCAGACAUAGUUAAUCAAUAAAAAUCAAUACCAGAAAUCAAUCGAUAUGAUCGAUAUUAAUCGAUUUAAUCCGCCGAUUAAUAUCGAUUGAUAUCAGAAAUCGAUAGAAAUCGAAGUCACAGAAAAACUAAUUUAUCAAUUAUUAUCAAUUAACAAAAUCGAUAACAAUUGAUAGAAAUUGACAGUAAUUGAUAACAAUUUAAAAUAUAUCAAUAAAAAGCACUAUCGAUUUCUAAUUGAUAUUAAUCAAAGUCACAACUUUUGUUCUUUAUCGAUUUCUAUUGAUUGAUUUCGGAAAUCGAUAUUUAGAGAUGAUUGAUAUCGAUUACUAUCUAUUAUCAGUUUAUCGAUUAACUACGUCUGACAUCCUUACAGCCUGACAACCUCACAAUAUCACAGCCUCGCAGCCUUACAGCCUCACAACCUCAAGGUCUCACUACCUAAUGUCACAGCUUUACAGCCUCACAACCUCUCAAACUCACAGCCUCACUGCUCAUAGCAAAAUAUUGCCUUUUGCUUAUUCCAUGAUAAGUAGUAAAUGUAUAAAACAGUAUGCAUGUUAAUACAAAAUACAUAACUUAAGCUUAUUAAGAAGCUGUGAAAGGAAACAAAGAUCGAUCAGAAUCAUCCUGUGAAAAACAAUUCAGCUAAUUCUCAUUCAAGCUACGCUUUCCUAAGCCUCACCUUUUUCUCACAUAUAUGAUUUCAAUUUAUUAUUGUUCUCCAGUCCGUUUCUUGAAAAAAAUACAGGCCACAUGAGUGAAGAGAAGAUUUCACAUGCACCAAAGCCAAAAGGUUUUUUUUUUGCCAUUAGAAAUCACACCAGUCAAGUCCUCGAGCUCUCAUGUCGACUGCGCACCUGAAUAUUAUUUUGAAGUGCAACGGAAAUUUCAUACUUUCUCUGAUUGGCUCAAAGGGGUACCACGUGACAUGUUCUCAUGAAUCGCAGCCAACAACAAACAAAAAAUAUGGCGGAGGAGUUGUUGAAUCGAUAAAAUGGUCGCUUCGAAAGAAUAGUACAAUCGUUUGACACUCUUUGCAGUGUAUUAGUGGCAGGAGGAAAACUUGCCAUUGUCGUUGCAGGCGAGGAAAAGACCAACAAUGAAUACGAUGAGCGAGUGGUUUAUGAAACGCAGUGAAACGACGAGCUGUGAUCAUAUUGAAAUACUGCUGUGAGGAUUAAAUCGUAGUAAGACUUCUUAACCACUAAACUAAGCUCCAGAAGUGUACAAAUUUUGGUCAUUUCGGCUACUGUAAAGCGACAUUUUUAAAUGUUUAAAAUAAGAACUUGCGUUUAUCUUGAAAUGAGAAUCCAUUUCUUGUUUUAAAAUUUUGAUUUAAGAACGAUGAUACGUGCUCUUAAAUUAAGAUGAUAGAAACUUAACUCCAAAACAACCCCCUUAAAAUAAGUUCAGUUUUCUUAAAAUAAAAAAUAAGGCGUCAUUAAAUUAAGCAGCCUCUCCUUAAUUGAAAAAUACAGGUUUUAGAGUGUAAUUCGAUGGGGGACUCACUCGGGAUCAAAUAACAGCCGUUAAUCGAUAACAGGCAAUAGGAGCAUACUAUCAAAGUCAGAAGUACUGUGAUGGUAUACCUGUACAUGCCUAAAACAUAGUUAGUGAUAAUCAAGGCCAUUCCAUUUAAUGGCUCCCACCCCUCCCCCCCCCCUCCGACACACACUACAGAACUUGGUUCUUACCCUUUGAAAAAAGUCCUAAAGUCCCAACACAUACCACAUUUCUCAAUGUGCAAAGGAAGUUGUGUCCUGUAUUAUAGCCCAGAACCAGGGGAGUUUGCUGUUGGGGUAUUGAAUUAUUUCGCCUUGAAGUGAAGUUUUUUGGUGGAAUACAAAUUUCAGAAGAACUGUAUGCAUUCUAUGCUUGUAAGGCUUUUCACCCUGAGUUUUUCUUCACCCCUUCCCCACUUUAGGAAAAGGGAAUUUUCCCCUAACUCCUCAAAACAAUUCCAAAGAUCAAACAUCCCAAUGCAGUAAUGCACUUUUUUAAUGAACAAGUAACAUUUCUUUGACACUGCAUACCUAGCUAUAUAUGCAGAAAGUAGUCAAACUGGUGGAGUUUUUUGCAGUUUUAAGGCAUUGUGUUGUUGCCCCAGCGACUUCUAAUGUUUAAUGGUUCAUUGAUUUCCGUAUUUAUGCUCUGAAUUUUCAAAUACAAUAUAAAAUUGUAUGAGCUUAGCCUUCACUUUUGUCGUUGUUGUUGAUGCAGUGUGUUUAAUUGUUUUUUAAAGGCUUGUUAUGUUCAAUCAUUUAACAUCUUAUAGGAAAUCUCAGUUUUUUUGUUUAUUAUUUAAACAUAUUUUAUUGACAAAGUUUGUCCCAAGAGUAACAAAAAAACUCAUCAAGAGGGCACUUUUCGAAAUAACAUAGAACAAUUAUUAAAAAAUUACAUUAAAUAGUAAAUUAGUCAAAGUGGCAGCAAAACAAACUAGUAGGAUAUUUAAGGAAUGCUAACAGCUGGAAAAUACGUAUUUAGGUACUUUUUAUAAAAUCUCUUUGAUUCAGAUAUAAAAGACUUGAAAUGAGAAAAUAAAUCAUUAUUUUGCUCUGGACAGAGACAGACUGUGAUCCAAACAGAAAAAACUGAUACAACUGUGCUUUAGACAUAGAAGACCACCUGUCAGCAAACAUUCGAGCAGUAGAGGAGAGCAGAUUUGUUCUAGGGGCAGAAUAAAGUGGACAUUCAAUACAAAAAAUGCCUAACUGUCUCGUUGUGGGAAACACAAAAACAGGCACAGCUUUCUUUGCAACCUAUUUUAAAAAGAUAAUAGUCAAGCGCACAAGUGUCUAAACAUGUCUAAAUCUCUGUUUGCUUGCACAGCAAAACCCUGCCUUAUGACCACCUCGGUAAUACAGCCACCUCGUUAUUACAACCACUUUUUUUGGCCACCUGGCAAAAACAGCCGUACAUUUUUUAGUAAAAAACCCUCCUUAAUACAGCCACACCGUUAAUAUGGCCAAUUUUUUUUGGCCCAUUGGUGACCGUAUUAAUGGGCUUCCACUGUAUUGAUUUGAUAGUAUGGACCGUCCACAGUAGAAAAUUUAGCACCUGGAAAAACCAUGAAGUGGUGCACCUGUGGAUUAAGUGAGAAGCAGCCUUGGUGUGAUGGUAGGUAAAAUUCAUUACAAUUCAAGUUAUCAGGGUCAAUUGAAUAGUACUUUAAAUGCCAUGUUAAUAAGUGAUGGUUUGAAGAUUUUUCACUACAGUACUUUAUUAUACCUGUUAACCUUUUCUGAGUAAAAUGUAUGAGGUUUUUAUCUUUUCAUGACAGGAAUUUCCAAACAUUCUCAACAAUUUUCUGCAGCCUUCCAAUCAUUACUAAAACUGUCCAAAGCUAUAAACAUUUUACAUUGUAGCAUGUUGUGAUAAAGUUGGGUGCCUUUUUUGGAUGUUUUCAUUUUGGAAAUAUUUAAUUUAAUUUUCGUUAUUAAUAAUGUGUUAAAGAACACUUUAUCUGGAUUUGUGAGUUUGCAUGAGAAAUUGUUUUUGAUGUAUGAAAUCAAUGUCUUUAGUCAGCAUCCAUGAGACUCACACAUAGUGCCUGAAAGUUGGUAGGCAUAUAUUUUAUCAUCGGAAACUACUAAUCUUGUAGUAUGACUCAUAAUUAAUUUUUUCCUUGCACUAAUUAAAUUCAAAUGACUCUAGUGAAAAUUCUUUAAAAUUUAACCUUAAAAGGUUAUUAUUACACAACAAGAAGAGCUAAUGAGAUGGAAGAGGUGCUAAGUUGCAAGGACCAGAAUUUGAGUUAUCGGGCUAAAUUUUGAUCAUUAAGGGAAACUAAAUUCAGUUGAGUCAGGCAGGAGUUCUACUCCAGUUAUAAUGCUAUUCAAAAAAGUGCCAAAGACAAUAUAUGCAAAAUAAACAGAAGAGGCUUACUAAACUAAAAGAAAAAAUAGAAUCAAAUUAUAUAUCCACUUCCAUUAUCAGCCACUAAAAUACUGUCUUUUUAUGGAAAUGUGUUUGUAGGAAGACACAAGUCAACUGGAUUCAAGUCAAUGAAAUGGAAGGUCCCUGACAAACCUCAGACAAUCUAUACAAUCUGUUGCUGUAAACACACCAAGAAUCCUCCUUAUUGCGAUGGCACCCAUGUCAACCUUCCAGCUUUAGUGGAAGAAAGACAAAAGAAUUGUGCAAAUGCUCAUGAACAAGAUAUGAAAAUGUGUACAGGGUGUGGGUGGAUUCCCAAAUGGUAA